AUGGAUAGACACGCACCCCAACAGUCAGUGUACCCACGAAGCCACGUUGGUUUCGACAGCAUCACAACGCAAAUUGAGCGCAAGCUGUUGAAGCGCGGUUUCCAAUUCAAUGUCAUCUGCGUUGGACAAACUGGUCUCGGAAAGUCGACCCUCAUUAACACCAUCUUUGCUUCGCACCUGAUCGACUCGAAAGGAAGACUCGCUCCCGAUGAGCCAGUACGAUCGACCACCGAGAUCCAAACUGUCUCUCACGUUAUCGAGGAAAAUGGUGUUCGUCUGCGAUUGAACAUCGUUGAUACCCCAGGAUAUGGCGACCAGGUCAACAACGACAGAUGCUGGGACCCAAUUGUCAAAUACAUCAAGGACCAGCACUCUGCAUAUCUACGAAAGGAGCUCACAGCUCAGCGCGAACGAUAUAUUCAAGACACCCGGAUUCACUGCUGCCUCUUCUUCAUCCAACCAUCAGGCCAUGCCUUGAAGCCAAUCGAUAUCGUUGUCUUGAAGAAGCUCUCAGAUGUUGUCAAUGUCGUCCCAGUCAUUGCCAAGUCCGAUUCCUUGACCCUUGAAGAGAGAAGCGCAUUCAAGGAGCGCAUAAAGGAGGAGUUUGCUUUCCACAACCUGAAGAUGUUCCCUUACGAUAACGAUGAGUUCGAUGAGGAGGAGCGAGCUUUGAAUGCCCAGAUCAAGAACAUCAUCCCCUUUGCUGUUGUUGGAUCUGAGAAGUCUAUCAUUGUUGGAGGCAAGCAAGUCCGUGGACGCCAAAACAGAUGGGGAGUUAUCAACGUUGAGGAUGAGAACCACUGCGAAUUCGUCUACCUCCGAAAUUUCCUCACCCGUACCCAUCUUCAAGAUUUGAUCGAAACGACAUCUCAAAUUCACUACGAGACUUUCCGUGCCAAGCAAUUGCUUGCACUCAAGGAAAGCAGCGCGGCAGGUGGUGGACACACUGGUAGCCGACCUAUCAGCCCAGCAGCCGAUAGAGAACUCAGCAGAAACUCCCAGAGAAUGACGAUGAACGGCUACUAG